AUGAACGGAACAGCAGAAUGUUUGCCCGUUCUGGUGGUUGGUGCUGGUGGAAUUGGAUGUGAACUAUUAAAGAAUUUGGUGUAUAAUGGCUUUGAUAAUAUAACAAUUGUCGAUCUCGACACCAUCGAUAUCAGCAACCUAAAUAGACAGUUUCUUUUCCAUAAAAAGCACGUUGGACGAUCCAAAGCAGAGACAGCCAGAGAAAACGUAUUGGCCUUUAAACCAACUGCUAACAUUGUUGCUUACCACAAAAGUAUUUUCAGCUCUACAUUUAAUUCUACGUUUUUUGAAAAGUUCGCUGUUGUUUUCAAUGCCCUGGACAAUCUUGCUGCACGGAAACAUGUAAAUCGUAUGUGUGUAUCAGCAAAGAUUCCUCUAAUCGAAUCUGGUACUGCUGGUUACCUGGGACAAGUUGAACCAUUGCUUCCUGUCAUUCAACUAGAUGAUGAAUCGACAAAUUUGGACGGAAAACUGAAUGACAAUUUGUCAGCCUAUCGUACUGGAUGUUAUGAAUGUCAACCACGGGGUUUAGGCCAACGUCAUUAUCCUGCUUGUACUAUACGUAAUACACCGUCUGAACCAAUCCAUUGUGUUGUAUGGGCUAAGUACUUAUUCAAUCAGUUAUUUGGUCAGUCGGAUGUCGACGAUGAAGAUAUCUCUCCAGAUUUCUCAGAUCCAGAUCUACAUAAUCACGAUCAUAAUAAUAAUAAUAGUCAAAUUGAAGAGAAGUUGUCUACAAACAGCUCCACCGAUAAUACACAUAAUUCAGAAGUAAAGAAGCCAAAUCAACUAACCUUAAGAGAAUGGUUUCGUCAACUUUCGUCUAGCCAUUCUAAUUCAACGGAUACUGGGCUUCCAUCCUCCCCUGCUAGUUCACUCGCUUGGAGAUUAUUUCAUCGGGAUAUUGUCACCUUGGUUGGUAUGCGUGAUCUAUGGGUAGAUCGUCAAGAUCGUCGUGAACCAACACCAUUGGAGAUGUCUACAUUGAAGGAGGCGAUCAUAAACCAUGCCUCAGCGUCGUCAUGUACAUCACUGGACUCAUCAAAUUCCAAUGAACUACGCGAUCAGCGUAAAUUGUCCACAUCUGGUUGGCUUGAAAUCUUUUUGAAUUCUGUUGAAAAAUUACAAAGACAAGUAGAAGAUGGCAGUGGAGACAAGUUUUUAGUAUGGGAUAAGGAUGAUCAAGAAGCUAUGGAUUUUGUGGCAUCCGCUGCUGUUAUUCGAUCACAGUUGUUCCAUUUACCCGGUGCUGAUCAACUCACACGAUUUACAAUCAAAUCAUUAGCUGGGAAUAUAAUCCCUGCAGUAGCGUCUACAAAUGCAAUUGUCGCUGGGCUGAUGGUACUUCAAGCUAGACAUAUUUUAUCGAAACAUUAUGAGCGUGUACGUACAGUCUACCUACAUCGUCAACCAACUGGCCGUCGUGGCAAUCGUCGUCUUGUUGUCCCAGUGAAACCUGCACCAUCAAAUCCUUCUUGCCUGGUAUGCAGUGAUACAAUCAAAAAUUCUCAGCUACGCUUAGUCUGUUCACCAGAAACACUUACUCUGCGUAUUCUACGUGAUCAUAUUCUAAUCCGACAUUUAGGCAUGCUGGCACCAGAUGUAGAACUGUCUGAUCGUGGUGUUAUUUUGAUAUCAAGUGAAGAGGGUGAGACAGAUGAAGAUACAUUAAAUAAAACACUGGCCGAGUUUAAUAUCACUCAGGAUACAUGUCUACAGUGUGAUGACUUCCACCAGGAUUUCACUCUACGUCUUAUUGUAUCUUGUAUUAGUGUCGAGUCAGCGAGUCCACUGUCAAAAUCAUCAGACAACAAUCGACCUACACAACAACAACAACAGCAGUACCAGCUGUUCGACAGUGACGAUCAUCUAUCUGAACAAUGGCGUAUUUUAGGCAAUGUGGAUUCCGUGUUAACUACAGUCAAAGGUGGUAGCAGCAAUAGUACAGCAAAAUUACCAUCUAUACCUGAAGAGAUUGUUAUGGUGAAUGGAAAUGGGGAGAAGCAUAAAGCGUCGUUGAAUCGCAAAGAUGGCGUCGACACCAGUGUCAAUGAGGACAAGGAUAUAGACUUGGAUAUCAUUGAAAUCAUCGAGGAAUCUACGGACCUACCACGAUCACCAUCAUCAUCGGAAGGUCAAGUUUCUAAAGACAGUGUAAAGCGUCAAUUCCAAACUGAUGAGUCCACUGGAAAUAAUCGUCAAGUCAAAAAGGCAAGACUGGAUACCAGCGAUGUUAAUGAUGAUGAUUCUUCAUUGCCGUUGUCGCUUAGUGCGGCUGAACAAAGGCUGAUGAACAGAAGUUCAUCUUCGAAACUGUCAACAUCUACAUCAUCUACUACUUCAUCGACAAAUAAUUUCAAUCAAUUAAUCGAUCAGUCGAUAGCUUUUUCAAAAAAUUAUAAUAAUGAAAAAUUCACAGAUCAAUAUCUUGAUGAGUUAGUGGAGAAAAUUUUAGCAGUACAAAGUACCAACAGCAGCAGCAGCAGCAUCAACCUGAGGAGUACUCCAUCAGACAGUAAAUCCAAUAAUGAAAAUACAUCUACAGCCUGUAUUUUAACACCUGAAUCUGCUUAUUCACAAGUUAAACAGACAAUGCGAGAAAUAGAAAACUUAGUUGACAGUAAUUUCAAGGAAUAUGAAAAUGACAAUCCGUCGGAGGAAUUGGCUAUACAUGAAGAUCCUACACUGGUGAAUGAUGAGCUGGUAACUUUUAAAGAAUCCUAUGAAAAGAUUAAAAAUUUCAGUGUAAAAUUAUCACAAUUUUUAUCAUUUUAUGAAAAAGAAUUCAAUGCACCCGCCUCCAUUGAAUCAAUCGAGCCAGUGUUAAAUGCAAAAGAAGUUGAACAAUUUACACAGCAACUUAAAAAUAUUCCUAAAGGUGUAAACAAUGCGAUAAGAAUAAUGCUGGCUAGUCAAAAAUUACAGAAUGGAUUACAAAGGAUAUCAAAGUGUUCAUCUGAAUUACCGGGUUUGUCGGAGAAUCCUAUUAUUUCAUUAGCCAAUGAAAUAUUAACAUCAUCAGUGUUUUCUGAACUGUCAUCAACCAUACCAUCUUCUUCUUCAUCGCCAUCAUCAUCAACAUCAACAUCAUCUUCAAGGCCGCCAUUAAUUCCAAAGAAUAAUGUACAAUUUCACAAUGCCGGUGACAGUCUGAAAACAACUUAG